GAGCUUUAUCAUAAAACCCAGCAAUAAUAGCCAAAAAUUAGAUUCCCCUUCCACUUUCUUAGAAGCACAUGAUAUGAUAGCCAUGAUCUAUAAAAACAAAAGGGCAGUCACAAUGAUGGUAUGAGACACAACUAAUCCACGGUAUGAGACACAACUAAUCCACGAGAGAUGGAGACAGAUUUGGAGAAAGGAAAAGAGAAAAAUUGGAAAACCAUUUCAGUGCUAAAGAAGCCUUAUCUGGCAGCCUUGGGCGGACAGUGGGACGUCAUGAAAAGCUUCUUCGAGGAAAACGAAAAUCACGCGCAACUCUGUUCUCAGAUGACAGUAGAAGGGGAUACUGCGUUUCAUAUUGCAGCAUACAGUGAAGAAAAGGAACUGCUUCAACAUUUGGUUAACUUACUACCAGCCACCUCUAGUUUGUUCGACGCCUUAAACAAGAAGAACCAACAUGGUAAUAAUACUUUUCACGAGGUGGCCGCGACUGACAGAGUUGAAACAGCAGAAUUCUUGGUUAGGAAACUCCAAGAGCCCUCUCAACUCUAUUCAGGCGAAGGCACACUAGAAGGUCUUCUCAAGGCUAAAAACAAACUGGGUGAAACCCCGAUAUAUAGGGCCGUUGCCCACGGUCAGACAAAAAUGGCCAAAUAUUUGGCGACUAAAGUUUGGGAUUUAAGUUAUCACUUUCGAAGAGAAGACGAUAUGUCGAUUCUCCAUAUUGCUGUCAUAGGCCAACACUUUGACACCGCUAUAUGGCUACUGAGAAAGGACAAGGAACUUGCAGAAGAAGGGAAAGUAAAUGAACUUGCAAGAAAGAAGGAACAAAAUGGCUUUACAUGUCUUCACCUGCUUGCGAAAAUGCCACAUGUUUUCGGAAGUUAUUCGGAAUUUUCCCACAUGGGCAAACUGAAGAAAUUCCUCUAUAAUUGCCUUCCUAGUCAGUUCGAGGAUGAUGACGUUUCUGAUGAUGGUAAUGAAGCUCAAAUACCGUCAACAAUUUUAAUUAAAGGAUACAGAGCUAUGUGGAGGGCUAUAGCUAAAGGAUGGCCGGCUAUUGAUAAACUCUGGAAGAUGAAGAGAAUGCAUUCAUCAGCUUCAGAACUCACCAAGUCGCUAGUAGAGGCAGAUUAUACGUGGAAGGAUUUUCCUUGUGAAUUAAAUAAUGAAGACAAGACGACGAUUUCCUUAGUGAAAGUAGACAAAUCUGUUGACAAAGAUAGAGGCGAUCUCCUUUAUCAUUGUCAACAGAUGUUUGACCUAGUUUGCCAACUAGGUCAAACAUCUGGUACAAAGGAAGUGGGAGGAGAAGGCACAUCCAAGGGACAACCCAGGGAAAGAAAUCAUCAGAAAUCUUACCACCACCCAUUGCUUGAAGCAUCCAGCAAUGGCAUAGUAGAAAUGUUUGACAUGAUGAUUAAAUCGUAUCCACAGGUAAUUGAGUACAUCAGUAACGAUGAGAAAAACAUAUUGCACGUGGCCAUUGGCCACCGUCAGAGGGAUAUAUAUCGUCGGGUAAAGAAGAUGGAAGUGAUAAUGAAAUGUAGAUUGGCUUCACGGAUUGAUAAGAAUGGCAACACCCUAUUGCAUCAUGUUGCAGAAGGGAAGACAUAUUAUGGAAGAGAGUCAAGAGAACAAGCUGCAGGUCCUGCUUUCCAGUUGCAAGAGGAAUUGAGUUGGCUUAAGCAUGUGCGGAAGAUAAUUCCCUCCCAUUAUAUCAUGCACUGCAACAAUAAAGGUAAGACUGCAGACGAGUUAUUUCAAGAUACACAUGCUGGCCUUCUCGAGCUGGCGCAAAAGUGGAUAAAGGAGACCUCUCAAUCGUGCUCUGCAGUUUCUGUCCUUGUUGCCACUGUAGUUUUCGCUGCUGCCUACACCGUCCCUGGAGGUAACGAUGCUUCAGGCCGUCCUAAUUUCAUAGACUCUCCAUUCUUCGUCCUCUUCACCAUCAUGGAUGUUGUUUCCCUUGCGUGCUCCUUGACUUCUGUUGUCAUGUUCCUCUCCAUCCUCUCGUCUCCAUUUGAGUAUGAAAAUUUCAAGACAUCUCUUCCUCAGAAGCUAAUGAUAGGCUUCACAUUGCUCUUCUUCUCCGUGACAACGACCAUGCUUUCUUUUGCAGCAACUAUUUUUCUCCUCCUUCAUUUUCAAAAGAAAGCUUGGACUAAAACUCUGAUUUAUACUGCUGCAUUCCUUCCUGUCUCUAUGUUUGCGCUUAUGCAGUUCCCGUUGUAUGCUGCAUUCAACAAUUUAUUGCACACCCUUACCAAGAAAAUAGAGAAGAAGGUAUAUCCCCAAAAAUUCCUUCCUCCUUACUUGAGGACCAAGAAGCUCAAUAAACUCUCAUGAGAAUAGGCUUUUGGAUUUUGACUAUAAGGCGGUGUUCAUUUUGUUCCCAUCAUGCACCAUAGUCAAAGCCCUGUUAUCAUAAUGUAUUGACAUUAAUCUAUAUGUAAUAAGACAACGAGAAGUUAGAUAUUUCUCUUCA